UUUGUUUUCUUCUGACUUUGCUUUUGUGCUUCCUGCAGACGCCAGAGGAGUUGGAAGAUGACUCAGACUUCGAACAGGAGGACUAUGACACUCGCAGCAGGACUAGCGUCCAGACUGAAGAUGACCAGCUUAUUGCUGGUCAGAGCGCUCGGGCCAUCAUGGCACAACUUCCCCAGGAGGAGAAGGCAAAGAUUGCCGAGCAGGUAGAGAGCUUCAGACAAGAGAAGUGCAAGCUGGAUGCAGAAGUGGCCAAAUGGGACGACAACGGCAAUGACAUCAUUGUGCUGGCAAAACAGAUGUGUAUGAUCAUGAUGGAAAUGACCGACUUCACCAGAGGAAAAGGCCCCCUGAAGAACUCCUCAGAUGUGAUCAACGCAGCGAAGAAGAUUGCAGAAGCCGGUUCCAGGAUGGACAAAUUGUCUCGCGCUGUUGCAGAUCAGGUAGCUCCAUAACUUAGUUUGUGUCUGUCACUAUC